CUCGCAGUGUUUGCCGUUUACCUGCAAGUCGCAGACUGCGGAGUCGUGGAAGCCCAAGUGCUCCUUAACAACGCGUAAAUAAUGGAGGACAGGCAGGAUGAAUGAGCGUAGCGGGCGGAGACCGGGCUGAGCCUCACCCCGAAGGAUCGGGGCGUCGAGGAGGUUUCCUCAAGUUCUGGAAGCAGCAGGGCAUUUGGUUGCUUACUGACCCUGAAACUUGUGCUCUACCUUGCAAAGAGCUGAAGUGGGAGAUAGUCGCCUUCACAUACUCCACAGUUCUCUGUAUUAGAAGAAAGAGACUUUAUGUGCAAAAGUGGUUCAAGAUGAUGAUGUAACAUUGAUAAAGCUGAAGCUCUUCCGAGGAUAACUGACUUUCUAAGAGGCUUCUCCUUCCCCACCCCUCUUUUUUUUUUUUUUUUAAAAAUAACUACUUUUCUCAGAGUCUACAAGCAAGAUGCCAGCCAAGACACCCAUCUACUUGAAAGCUGCUAACAAUAAGAAAGGGAAGAAAUUCAAACUAAGGGAUAUCUUAUCUCCUGAUAUGAUCAGUCCACCACUUGGAGAUUUUCGUCACACCAUACACAUUGGAAAAGAGGGACAACAUGAUGUUUUUGGAGACAUCUCCUUUCUGCAGGGCAACUAUGAGCUUUUGCCUGGAAAUGAAGGUGAAACCAGAGUUAGCCAGUCUGGUCUCCACAAUGAAUUCUUAAGGGCAAACAGCACUUCUGAAUCCAUGUUUACAGAAACUCCAUCACCAGUGCUCAAAAAUGCUAUUUCCCUUCCUGCCAUUGGUGGUUCUCAAGCCCUUACUUUGCCCUUAUUGUCACCGGUGACAUUUAGUUCAAAGCAAGAAUCCAUCAGGUCAUCGAGAAAUCCUAGGCUUAGCUGUGAGCCAGUAAUAGAAGAAAAAUUGCAGGAGAAAAGUAAACAGAUGGAGGAUGGAGAAACAUACAAAGAUGACAUAUGGGAGCAAAAUGGUUCUUCGUCGCAUUUUACUAAUAGUAGCGACAGUCACUCAUCCAGUUUUUCUGAACGAUGCACUGAUUGGCAAACAGUUGAUUUAUUUGAUGACAGUCGGCUUUCAUGUGAUCUAACCAAGACAAAGACUAAGUCAGAAGAAUCCCUUUCAGAUCUUGCAGGCUCUCUUCUCUCACUACAACUUGACUUGGGGCCUUCACUUUUGGAUGAGGUCCUCAAUGUAAUGGACAAGAAUAAAUCUUAGAACUGGUACUCCCUUGCUUCUUUAUAAGUGAUUCACUUAAAAACAAACAAACAAAAAAGACCGUAGUUCAAAAGUAGAUACUUAAAAAAAUCAGCUGUAUUUGCAGUUGUUUGACGGGUUUUCUAAAAAUAUUCUUAAAAUACUAUUUUUUUACCUAUUGUUUUUCAUGAUUUUUACUACAAUAAAUUCUCAUAUCAGGAAGGUAAAUUUGAAUAGACAUUUUCAGCAAACAUAAAAUGUUUUUAAGUACCAGUAUUAAUGAUCAGAAACUUAAGAAACAGAGUUUGAGGAUGAUACUGAUUGUGACAUUUGGUUAGUUCACUUCUACGGGCUUCUGAAUAUGGGAGAAUCUCUUAAGUGUCAGAAAGGAGACUGAUAUUAAUUAUUCACUUUUAUAAAUUAUUACAACAUCACUUUAUGUGUAGGCCUCUUUCUAGAACCUUGUGUUUGAGGGUUUGAUAGUGUUUUUCUUCAUUUUCCAUAGUACCAUUUCUGUUAUAAAUUCACCAUAACUACUUUCUUGGUCUUAUACUACCACCCUAUAUUCAGAUAUGAACAGUUUGAAGGCUUUUUCAGCUUGGACACCUGGUCCAGAGUCUCAGCUGCUUUAAAUGAGCAUGCACAAAUUUACACAAGCUGAGGCUUGGGCCUGACACUGUAUAUGAAAUGAUACAUUGUAAACAGUGACAUUUGCAAGAUAUUAUGGUUAAAUUAUUUUAAAAGUUGAUAUAUAUUUUCUGUAUGCAUAUUGGCUUUUUACUGCAGGGCCUACACAUCCAGUAUCUCAUCGAAAUAGUUGCUUGGCAGUAUUGGUGCUCUUCUGAAAAGUGUAUAUUUGUGUGUUUGAAAAGAAAUAUGUAUUGAUACUCCUAGCUUUUUUCUUCAUUUAUUUCCACAACAUGCUUAAACUUGCAGCUGAUUAUUUUAAUUUUUGAAGAAGGCACUGGUUAUUCACAAUGCUUGUGAUGUGUGCUGCAACAGCUAAUGUUUUGGGAAAUGUGGAUCCUUCAAUUACAGUACCUACAUGGAUUGCAUAAAUAUCUUGUGCAAUACAAUAAAAAACCCUUUAAAUUGCUA